CUCUUGCUUUUGGAAGUUAAGAUGAUGUCAUGGAAACUGUUGAUCCUGCUUUCAUUCAUUGGCUGCCUAGGAGGUGAACUGCUCUUCCAAGGCCCUGUGUUUAUCAAAGAACCCAGCAGCAGCAUUCUUCCUGUCAGCUCAGAGGAUAAAAGGAUAACUUUAAAUUGUGAAGCAAGAGGCAACCCUUCCCCUCUUUACAGAUGGCAGCUGAAUGGAAGUGAUAUUGAUCUGAGUUUGGACUAUCGUUAUAAACUGAACGGUGGAAAUCUUGUGGUUAUGAAUCCCAGCAGAAAUUGGGACAUAGGAAGCUACCAAUGCUUUGCAACAAACUUGCAUGGAACUGUUGUCAGCAGAGAAGCUAAACUCCAGUUUGCCUAUCUGGAAAAUUUUAAGACCCGGAUGAGAAGCACAGUGUCAGUACGUGAAGGGCAGGGGGUGGUCCUGCUGUGUGGACCCCCGCCUCAUGCUGGAGAACUGUCCUAUGCGUGGAUCUUCAAUGAGUACCCAUCGUUUGUUGAAGAGGACAGCCGGAGAUUUGUGUCUCAGGAGACAGGGCACCUCUACAUAGCCAAAGUGGAACCCUCUGAUGUGGGGAAUUACACGUGCGUGGUCAGGAGUCUGGUGACAAACACCCGAGUUCUGGGUUCACCCACCCCGUUGGUGCUGCGAUCUGAUGGUGUGAUGGGUGAAUAUGAGCCCAAAAUAGAAGUUCAGUUUCCAGAAACUCUCCCAGCAGCUAAAGGAUCAACUGUAAAAUUGGAAUGUUUUGCCCUUGGAAAUCCUGUGCCUCAGAUUAACUGGAGAAGAAGUGAUGGCCUGCCAUUUCCCAGUAAAAUUAAACUGAGGAAGUUCAACGGGGUGCUUGAAAUACCCAGUUUUCAGCAGGAAGACACAGGUUCCUAUGAGUGCAUCGCUGAGAAUUCCCGUGGGAAGAACGUUGCCAGGGGCCGUCUGACUUACUAUGCAAAGCCUCACUGGGUGCAGACUAUAAAAGAUGUGGAAGCAGCUGUGGAGGACAGUCUGUUCUGGGAAUGCCGGGCGAGUGGGAAGCCCAAACCCUCCUACCGAUGGCUGAAAAACGGAGAUUCUCUCGAGCUAGAGGAGCGAAUACAGAUUGAAAACGGUGCCCUCACCAUAUCAGACCUGAACGUAACUGAUUCUGGCAUGUUCCAGUGCGUAGCUGAGAACAAACACGGUCUUGUCUACUCCAGUGCUGAACUCAGGGUUGUCGCUUCUGCUCCAGAUUUUGCGAAGAAUCCAAUGAAGAAGUUGGUGCAGGUGCAGGUGGGCAGCCUGGUCACCCUGGAGUGCAGACCCAGCGCCUCCCCCAGAGCCCACACCCUCUGGAAGAGGGGGGAUAGGACUGUGCAGGAGAAUGGAAGAAUUUCUUUUUUAAAGGACGGAGGACUCCAGAUCGCCAAUGUAACCAAAGCCGACGUGGGAACUUACACGUGCAUGGCCGAAAACCAGUUUGGAAAAGCUAACGGCACCACACGCUUGGUUGUUACAGAACCAACAAGAAUAACUUUGGCGCCAGCAAACAUGGAUGUGUCGGUUGGCGAGAGUGUCAUUUUGCCUUGCCAGGUACAACACGACCCCCUUUUAGACAUCACCUUUACCUGGUAUUUCAACGGUGCCCUCACGGAUUUUAAGAAGGAAGGAUCUCACUUUGAGAAGGUUGGAGGGAGUUCAUCUGGCGAUUUGAUGAUCAGAAACAUCCAGCUCAAACACAGUGGAAAAUAUGUGUGUAUGGUUCAAACCGUGGUGGACAGCGUUUCAUCUGCUGCCGACCUCAUCGUCAGAGGGUCACCUGGACCACCCCAAAAUGUGAAGGUCGUUGAGAUUACAGAUACAACAGCCCAGCUCUCUUGGAAGGAAGGGACAGACAACCACAGCCCCAUCCUCUCCUACUCGGUCCAGGCGAGGACUCCCUUCUCCGUGGGCUGGCAGACCGUCACCACAGUGCCUGCAGCCAUCGACGGGAAAACGCUCACUGCCACCGUUGUGGAGUUGAACCCCUGGGUGGAGUAUGAAUUCCGCGUUGUCGCCAGUAACAAAAUUGGAGGCGGAGAGCCAAGUUCACCCUCAGAAAAAGUAAGGACUGAAGAGGCAGUUCCAGAAGUGCCUCCUUCAGAAGUCAGUGGAGGGGGUGGAAGCCGCUCUGAGCUCGUGAUAACCUGGGAUCCAGUCCCUGAAGAACUGCAGAAUGGAGAGGGGUUUGGGUAUGUGGUUGCUUUCCGCCCCUACGGGGUGACCAACUGGAUCCAGACUGUGGUGACGUCUCCUGACACCUCAAGAUACGUGUUUAGGAAUGAAAGCAUAGUGCCGUUUUCACGCUAUGAAGUGAAAGUGGGUGUCUACAACAACAAAGGCGAAGGGCCCUUCAGCCCGGUGACGGCAGUGUUCUCUGCAGAAGAAGAGCCUACAGUAGCACCAUCUCAGGUUUCUGCAAACAGUGUGUCUUCUUCGGAGAUUGAAGUUUCAUGGGAUGCAAUUCCUUGGAAGCUGAGUAACGGGCAUUUGCUUGGCUAUGAGGUGCGGUACUGGAAUAACAAUGGAGGAGAAGAAUCAUCAUCCAGCAAAGUGAAGGUGUCAGGAAACGAGACUUCUGCCAGACUCCGAGGGCUAAGGAGCAACCUGGCCUAUUACACAGCUGUCCGGGCUUACAACAGCGCGGGGACCGGCCCCUUCAGCGCCACCGUUAAUGCAACCACCAAGAAAACGCCUCCCAGCCAGCCACCAGGAAAUGUUGUUUGGAACGCGACAGACACCAGAGUGCUCCUUAAUUGGGAACAAGUGAAAGCGAUGGAGAACGAAUCGGAAGUAACAGGAUACAAAGUUUUCUAUAGGACUAGCAGUCAACAUAAGGUCCAAGUGUUAAACACAAACAAAACAUCAGCUGAGCUCCUGCUGCCCGUCAAGGAGGACUACAUUAUUGAGGUCAAGGCCACGACAGAUGGAGGGGACGGCACGAGCAGCGAGCAGAUCAGGAUUCCGAGAAUGACCAACACGGAUGCCAGAGGGUCCACCUCCACCACCUUGAACGUCCACCCCAUAUCAAGCUCUGUACCCAUAGUCCUGUUUGUGAUUGUAAAUGCCCUGUGGUGA